AUGCCCGAAAUACUCCCUCCAUACCAAAUCGACACACCGGAUUAUGUGCCAGGGAUGGCAAUCAUGAUGGAACCCCUUUCUGCAAAGCAUCGCCUCUGGAUGGAUGACUACGAGUACUACGACCAGCUUGGUCGUGAUCCACUCCAGGAGCGCAAGAUAUGGGGCAUAACUGAUCCUAAGGAGCGCGUCGAGAAGCUCAAAGAGGUCCUUGAAAAGUAUACAAAGCAGAUGCACCGACGGUUGAUCCUUGACAAGGCGGUGGGAAGGGGCGACGAGAACAUGGUACGCUGCUUGGUAGAAACUGGCAUGAAGGUGCAUCCCGACAUUGCCAAAGCUCUAGAGGAAGAAGCGAAGAAAGAGGAGGGUGGAGAAGAGGAUAAAGGGAUAAAUGAUCUUGAUCUCCCUGACAAGGACGACUCUUCGGUGGCUCCAGUGCACAAAGCAGCUCUAACCGGCCAUGUCAAUAUUCUCAAAAUCUUCCUCGAUAACGGCAUUGAUGUCGACCUACGAGAUGAGUUUGGCAGGACUCCCCUCCUUGUGGCGGCAUACGGCGACCAGCCCGAGGCGAUGGAAUUUCUGCUUCGUCAUGGCGCAGAUCCAACUGCUAGAAUCGACGGCAACGAUCUCGCAAAAGAGUACCUGAACGAAUUCGCUUACGCGGAUGCGCUAGAAGUUACAGCGCGUAUAGGAAAUGCCAAGAUGGUAGAGUUGCUGCUGCAGAAGCCGGGCGUCAAAGUAACGCCACUCUCUAUUACAGCUGCGGCCGGCAAUAAUAACGGCUACAAGAUACUACGUCUAUUGCUGGAGUAUGCAGGCUGUCUUGCACCUGGUCAAGACGAGCUCAUAGUCGCCGAAUCGAACGCACAUCUGAGGCAGGCCGCGAUGACCGCCAUCCCUAUCGCCAUUCCCAUAAAUGAUCUUGAGUCUAUCAAAUUGCUCUUAGGAUUCAAAUACCCUGAGAUCAAGAACGGGGACAUCGGUGACUCUCGGGUGCCCGCAGAUCUUCACAAACCUUUCACCUAUGGCGCAUACAGCGCCGUCGUGCUCAAUCGUACCGACAAGUUCGAGUUCAUCCAUUCUUUGGGCAUCAAGGAACACGAUGCUAUGUCGCUUGACGACGUACCAGAAGGUCAAACACUGCACAUCCAGCACCUGUUCGACACAGCAGCAGAGCACGGAUCAAUAGACUGCGCUCGCAUGCUCGUAGACAAGUACGGCGCCAACCCACAUGUAAUCCGCAUCCCGCCGGCCGUAUCACCCUUGUAUACAGCGGUGCAGAAAGAUAGAGCAGACAUGGUGCGUUACCUCCUCGAAGAGCAGCAUGUCGAUAUCCACAUCGGAAACGGACGGUUCGUCGCAGGACCAACAGCGCUGUGGAUCGCCAUCGAGUUGAAAUCAUUCAAGAGCAUCGAACUUUUGUUACAAUACGGCGGACCUGUCAACCACAUAGACGACGAAAUCAAAAACAUCGACGGUCCACUCGACGCAGUACUAACCACUCAUCGCGACGCAACCAUACGCUUCCGCGCCGAAUCGAAUGCGAAAGCUUUCAUUGACGACGCUCGACAUAAAUACACGUACCCGAAUUCGCACUAUGUGCGCAUCAAGCUUACUUCUGACGAUAAGAGCUGGAUUGAGAAGUUGCAAUACCGGCGCAGAGAUGAAGAUUUGAGGAAGGAGGGAGAUGAGAGGGAGCUCAAUAAGAUCGAGGGGAUAGGGCCGCAGUGGGAUCAGGUUCCAGAGUUCCCGACGAAUCAGGAAAGGGUUGAUGAGUUGCAGGAAGAUGAUGAACUGAUUCCGCUAUUUGAACCUGCUUUUGUGGCGGUUUGA